AUGCUAACUGACAAUCAAAAGGAAGCUGUGGGUAGAUCACUCGACAUUGGUUGUCUUUCCGGAGAGAAAUCCAUGAUUAUCAUGAGAACCAUUACUGCUAGCUUCCAGGAAUAUAUCCGUUUUGUUGCUGACUUGCACCGCCGGGAGAUCAAUAUUUUCUUCCAAAUGGUAAAAACGGAAACACGAUUGCCUCCUGCAAUACCCCAUACAGUCCAUAGCUACCGCAUUCGCAUCCCCUUUGUUCAUCUCUCGCGUAUCAACCGCAUAUCAGAGAAUGAUGAGCUUUCUUUCAUCUUCUCGCUGGACUCUCCGCCUUCAUAUCACCGGAAAUUGCAAGACCUGUCGAACACCUUUUCGGAAGCUGAUAACAUAUGGCGUUCGGAUGACACCUGGUACCGUCAAACUGACAUUGUUCAUAAUCCGUUAGACUUAGUUCAUUCCAAGACUAGUCUUAAGAAGGCCCACCCUGUGAUCAACAUAGAUAACACCCAAAGCCUUGAUACGCUUACAAAGAUUCUAAAGGAUUUCAAUGUCGAAAUCCAGAAUAUCAAUAGCUUCACGUUGAAGAGACAUCCUCCCACAACAGACUUGGCAUGGAGAUGGAUUGACCCACCUUCUACUCAUGCUUCUAAACGCACAUCAUCCCUUGAGGAUCUUGCAGAGAACGAGUACACACAUAUCUCCUAUGCUGUGCGAUAUCAACUCGAAGUGUGCAUUUCUCAUGGGUUUCUAAGUGAAUACACAAUUGACAAGGAUUUUGCCAAGAAGCUUGAAUCUCUUGGGGAGCGUGAUGGUAAGGAUUUACUGGAAUAUGUUGCCCAAGAAAAGACCGUAUAUCAUGACCCGAUGGAGAUCUUUAACAUUCAGUUCUUCUCUGGUGUAACAAAUCGGAGGAUCCCAAAGUACUGCUGUUACAUGCGCUCGGCAACUGUUACUCCCUCCACGAUCUACUUCAAUACCCCUACGGUUGAUACCUCCAAUCGGGUGAUAAGACAUUAUAUUGAAUACGCAGACAGAUUUCUUCGCGUCCGGUUCACUGAUGAAAAGUAUGAAGGAAGAAUAAAUUCAACCUACAACAACUGCAUGGAUGAGGUGUUUACUCGCGUGAAGCGGACCAUGACCAAUGGAAUUACCGUAGGAGAUAGACACUACGAAUUCCUUGCAUUUGGCAACUCGCAAUUCCGAGAACAUGGAGCAUACUUUUUCGCAUCUCUGCCUAAUCUUACAGCUGCAAACAUUCGUGCAUGGAUGGGUCAUUUCAGUGACAUCAAAAUUGUUGCAAAGCAUGCCGCUCGAUUGGGUCAAUGUUUUUCAACCACCAGAGCUGUCACUGGCUGUCCAGUAACCGUCAGAGAAAUCGAUGAGGUCGAGCGCAACGGAUACAUAUUUUCUGAUGGAGUUGGCCGGAUCUCUAAAUUCCUCGCACAAAUGAUUAUGACCGAGUUUAAACUACAAACUCCUUCAGAAGAACCUCCAUCUGUCUUCCAGUUCCGGCUUGGUGGCUGUAAAGGAAUUCUGACCGUCUCACCCGAGGCUCAGCGCCGAGAAGUUCACAUCAGGAAGAGUCAAUACAAAUUUGCAGCAAUUCACAAUGGCCUUGAGAUUAUCAGAUGGUCUCAGUUUGCGGCGGCGCAUCUUAAUCGCCAGCUCAUUGUGGUAUUAUCAGCCUUAGGUGUCAGUGAUAAUAUUUUCAUCGAGAAGUUGCGCUUGAUGCUCGAGGAUUUGGAGCAGGCGAUGACAAGUGAGACGAAGGCGAUGUCCAUGCUUCAAAAGCGUGUUGAUCCAAACCAAAUGACGCUUCUACUCGCUCAAAUGGUCCACGAUGGAUUUCAGGGCAGCUGCGAUCCAUUUGUUAAAUCAUUACUGGAGUUGUGGCGCGCAUGGCAAAUCAAAUAUCUGAAGGAGAAGGCAAAGGUUUUUAUCGAUCAAGGAGCCUGCUUGUUUGGCUGUCUGGAUGAGACGGCGACGUUGAAAGGUUACUAUGAGAAAAAGCGACCUUCGAUCGAAGCCACUUACGAGGAAAGACUAGAAUACCUUCCUGAAAUUUUUGUUCAGGUGUUCGACAAUGAAGAGGAGAAGAAGUACCGGGUAAUUGAAGGCCCUUGUAUUCUGGCGAGGAACCCUUCAUUGCAUCCUGGAGAUAUCCGUGUGGUGAGAGCUGUCAAUGUUCCAGCACUUCAUCACCUGAAGGACGUCAUUGUCUUCCCCCAAACUGGGGAUCGAGAUGUUCCAAGUACAUGCUCUGGAGGCGAUCUAGACGGCGAUGACUACAUUGUCAUCUGGGAUCAAGAUCUCGUCCCACUUCCCAAAGAUUGGUUUCGUGAGCCAAUGGACUAUACCGCUUCGAACGCCCAAAGCCUCACUCGUGAUGUUACUGUAAAUGACAUUACGUCGUUCUUCGUUACUUAUAUGAAGAACGAUCGCCUUCCUCAAAUAGCACAUGCCCAUCUUGCCUUUGCAGAUUAUCUAGAGGACGGAGUGAAUGAUGAGAGAUGCAUUCAACUAGCCCAGCUUCACUCUGCAGCCGUUGACUACAACAAAAGCGGCAUACCGGCCAACAUGACAAGAGACUUGGUUCCAAGAAAAUGGCCACACUUUAUGGAGAAAAAGUACAAGCCGAAAGAAGCGCAGUAUCAAUCCAAGAAAAUACUCGGUCAAAUAUAUGAUAUUGUUGAGCGCGUUGAGUUUCGACCGAAGCUUGAAGCCCCUUUCGACGAACGUAUCCUUAACUGCGAUAUUUCUGUCAGCGAGGAGAUGGUACUGGCUGCAAAGAAAUUGAAAGGUCUGUAUGAUGCUGACAUGCGGAGAAUCAUGGCUCAGCAUGAAAUCAAAACUGAGUUUGAGGUUUGGUCGACCUUUGUCUUAGGUCAUGCGAACAUGAGCAAGGACUAUAAAUUCCACGAAGAGCUGGGCCAGAUAUCAUCUGCUCUGCGUGAAAGAUUCUUGUCAAUGUGUCAAGAUGAGGCUGGUGGAAGAGAUUUCCAGCAUCUUGCACCAUUGGCUGUCGCAAUGUAUAGAGUGACAGCUCAAGAUGUAGCAGAGGCUUUGGGCAAAGAAGACUCCUCCAAGGGACACGAUAUCGGUAAUGCGAUUAAGAAGGAAUAUAAGCACCUCAGAAAUGACCAGAUACCUCUCAUUAGUUUCCCCUGGGUACUCCAGCCCGUUCUUGGAAAAAUUGCCAAUCGGCACUUUGAUGACACAGGAAUUAUAGAGGGUGCAGGCAAACUUGCAACGUGGUCUUCAGUUGCCUAUGAACAAUCGAGAAUUCGUCGAAUCAAUGGCAUUAGGGGUAUUAAUGAUGCUCCUCGCGACGUUGAGACAGCUGGAGGUAUCCAGCAUGCAGGAGAAGUGCUUGAACUCUUCCAGGAAGACUUGGGCUUUGAUCCCUUCGAUGGGCUUGGAGACGCCUUUGACCAACUGGCCUGCCAUCCGAAUGAAGACGACAAACCCGCCGUUGACCAAGAUUCCCGCUCCAAGGCCAAGUGUGCUAUUCCACUAUUGGACACGGAGCAAUCUGAUAGCCUAAUUGAGGUUGAUGACGAUAUAUUCACACCCAUUACCCCAUGCACAAUUGACUCAAGCCGACGCGGGUCAGUUCCAAUUGAGGAGCAAUCAAGCUUGCUCGAUAUCAGCAACGAGAACAUUGAAACCGAAACUCGGAAAAACGACAACACAGAAACAAAGCGCCCCGUUGCACAUUCACAGCCAAAAGAGGGUCAGGAGAAUCAACCUCCGCUGCAGAAGAGUGACCUGUUUUCUUCAUUCCUCGACGGUUCGACGGGACCCGAUGAGAUGAUCGACGAGGACAAAGAAGAAGUGGAGAUGAUGGAAGACGACGGGGAUGUGGAUCCUUCGGCAGUCAAUCAACUGGAGAUGCUCCUUAACAUCUAG